AUGCAGACAAAAUCUAUUGCUAGAGCUCUCAACAUAGAAAAAGAGCAAAGUACAAAGUUACAUACAGCUCUUGGUCGGCUGCUGAAAAGAGCCCUUUUCCUUGACACACAGGAUCCAGAAAUUUUAUUCAAUUUGUUCCCAGCCAAUUUCCACAAUAACUUGAAAGAGUUGCUGGUGAAAAUUAUCCUUGAUAAUCAAUCCACAUGGAGAAAACAGGCCAUUUCUAAUCAAGUUUCAAUGCCUCGUCUGGUUGAUUUUGAUUGGCGGGUGGAUUUAAAGGCUGCUUCAGGAACUAUUUCCCGAUUAUCUGUGCCUACCUGUCUGGUGCAAUUUAAGGUGCAAAACAUUCCUAAAAAGGUUGGAGUUGUUCCAGAAGAGGAUCUUAUCAAUAUGGAACUUUCCAAAGAGACCUUGGACACAAUGCUGAAUGGGCUCUACAAAAUCCAGGACCAAUUAUCCUCUAUAGCAAAAAAAGAAUAA